AUGAACAACGAUGUGUUGACAGAGAUUCUAUUGCAUCUACCCGUGCAGUGUUUGUUGAGAUUCAGAACUGUAUGCAAAUACAGGUGUCGCGUCAUCGAAUCUCCGCUUUUUCAAAAACUUCACAAUCACAACAACAAUUGCAGCAAAUCAGAAGACACAGUCUUUCUACACGUUAUUUUCUCCGGUAAUGGAAUUCGAGUGCAACACAACAUGCAGUCAUUAAUCUCGUACGAGACCGCCCAUUUUAACGAUUUUCAUGGGCCAGUUAACGGUCUAAUAUGCUUCAACAACUCACAUUGCAGGGGGCCCAUAGCCAUAUGCAACCCUUUUCUAGGCCAAUUCAUGAAUCUCCCAUCAUCUACACCCUGUCCCAACCGCUCGUGUGAAAUAUCCAAAUGCUCAGCUGCUAUUGGUUACGACGAUGAAGAUUACAAAGUUGUGCAACUGUUGGAAUGCAAGACACACCGCAGUCUCCACGCCCAUGUUUACUCAAGAAAGACUGGUGCAUGGAAGGAGUUGGCUGGAGACGCCCGUGUCGUCCUUGACAGUAUGGAAUUAUACCCGGAUGUUAGUCCCAUGAAAUCGGCAUGCAAGAAUGGCUAUUUUGCACACUGGCGCGUGUAUGGGUGUACGAUGCGCAGUGAUCAUUGCCUAUUUUAUGAUAACCUAAUACUAAGCUUCGACAUGAGGAAUGAAGUGUUUCAAACAGUCGACGACGGUGGGGCCAGUUAUGUUAAUACUCGGGAGCUUUGUUUCACUAAUGUAAUCGAUGCUAUUUUUGAGUCUUAUGGGGAGCUUUGUUGCGUCUUAUGUGAACCAUCUUGGUCUAGCACUUUGAGUUUUUGA